AUGCGAACUUUUAUACUUUCUACUCUAUUUUUAGGUAUUUAUAUAAUACUUGACAUUAUUCUUAAUGAAUUAAUGUGGGAAUCUAAUACCAAAUUGACAAUUUACUUAUAGAAUAAGGAAUUUAAAGGAGAAUAAGAAAUAAUGACAUUUUUUUCUAAUUGGCUGAACAUUUUUCCAGGUAUUGCCUUACUUGUAUUCAUGUUCAAAGAAAAUAAAUUAGGGGCUAUAUUAUAUGGUUGCAUGAUUAUGUUCAUUAUUUCAUUUAAUUCUCUACUCAAAAACAUAUAUCAUUAGCCUAGACCAUUUUGGACUGAAGAAGACAUAAAAGGACUUUAAUGUAAUAAAGAAUUUGGUAAACCAUCUGGUCAUGCUAUGUAAUCUUCAUUAAUGUGUUUUUUGUUACCAUGUAUACUAUUUCCAGCAAUUUGGCGAGAUUAAGAAAAGUACUUUAUAAAUCUAAAUUAGUUUAAAAUAUCCAAAAUUACUUAGAGUAAUAAUAAUAACAAUAAUUAUCAUUUGGACAUUGAUAACUGGAUUUUCAAGAAUAUUUUUUGGUGCACAUACUUAUGGUUAAGUUUUAUUGGGUUGGAUUUAUUCAGGUUAUAUUAUGAUUAAUUAUAUGACUUAUAUUCAUGAAAGAUUAUUAAACUAUUUUAAAACAUGUUUAGUAACAGGAGGACCUGGAAUAGGAAGAAGAGUUAUAUAUAUUUCAAUAUUAGUAACAUUUAUUUGGAGCAUGAUUUCUUAUCUUUUUUAUAGAUUGAAUAGUAAUGAAAUUCUAAUCAAUAAUGCAGAAAUUUAAUUAUGGUUAGAUGCUAUGUUAAGAAAAUGUACAUCAUAAAUAAAUCCUUAUAAAUUUAAGAGUGCAUCUGUACUUUAAAAUAAUUGUUUCAAUAAUAGUUUUUAAAUACUUUUCAUAUUCUUUAUUCUAUUAGGUACUAAAUUAUGUGGAGGCACAUAUGAUGAAAGUAAGUUUAGUUAGAACUUUGCAAAAUUAAAAUGGAAAUUAAAAUUAUAUAGAGUUGUACUUUUGUUAGUAUUACUAUUGAUAGUAGAACCAUUCGUAUUUUUUAUAGUUACUGAACAUUUAUCAGCAGUAAUAUUUUUCUAAACUAUUCCAAUAUGUUUCUUUGGAGGAUUUGUUCUUACUUAUUUUUAUCCAAAAGCUUUAUUUCAUUUGGGUUUAAAUAUAGAAGGAGAUUUUCUCAAUUCAGAAAAUAGAAUUAUAACAACAAAAAUUCAUGCAAAUGCAAAUGAAGUAUGA